AUGAUGCGCCCAGCCGCCCUGCUGGCGCGGCGCCGGGUCCCCCCGUACCUCGCCUGCACCAGGCUCGCUGCCAGCGCGCCCCGCGCCCCCGUCCGAGCAGUGGCCGCCGCCUCGGUCACCGUGCAGCAGCACGCCGUGUCGCGGCCAAUCGAAGUUCCCGCCCAGCUGGACGAGAUCGGCGUGAUCACGGAUGAGUACAACAAGGUCCUCUUGGUCGACAGCAAGGCCACAAACGCGCCGGCGCUGCGCGCCUGGUGGGAGCGCCAGUGCAGCCAGCUCAACAA